CCGGAAACGUCACUUCCGCUUCAUUCCUGUCAAACAUGGCGCUCCUGCUAAGGACGUUUGCCCGUCAGGGUGUCUGUGUCUCCAGAUCACAGUACACAGUCUUCUACAGACAUGCUGCUCCAAUGGGAACCACAGCCAAGGAGGAGAUGAACAAGUUCUGGGCCAAAAACGCCCAGUUGAACCGACCCAUGUCCCCACACAUCACCAUCUACAAAUGGUCUGUCCCCAUGAUGAUGUCCAUCACACACAGAGGAACUGGAGUGGGCCUCAGUGGAGCGAUCUCGGCCGUGGCGUUGGCAGCGUUGGUGCUACCAGGAAGUUACCCGUAUUACCUGGACAUGAUCCACUCGCUCUACCUCGGCCCCUGUCUCAUCGCUUUGGCCAAGUUUGGCAUCGCCUUCCCAGUGUCGUUCCACACCCUCAACGGCGUCCGCCACUUGUACUGGGACAUCGGCAAAGGAUUCAAAAUCCCUCAGGUGUACAAGACGGGCUACACCGUCAUCGGCCUGUCCAUCCUCACCUCCGCGGCUCUGAUGUUCAUCUGACCUUCAUCUGAACACGGUGGGGGAGGAGGAGACGACGGUGGGGGAGGGAGGGUGAGGAGGGGGGGCUUGUGUAUAUGUUCUGUUCUGGCCCACUGUGGGCUGUGUUUAAUACAAAUGUCCAAAUUAAAGAAAUAUAUGGUGAUGUGUUCAGGAA